AUGGCAUCUAGAUCUCCUCCUUCCUCAGAUGUCGAUCCGUCUGACUCUAAUCAGAUGUUGAAUGCUGUGCUUCAGGCGUUGCAACAACAAAAUGUUGGACUAAUUCAGCAGAAUACCAUAGCCUUGCAGAAUCUGGAAGCUGCAAGAGUGUCCGCUGAGAACGCCAGAGCGUCGGCCGAUACCACCCAGAGGCAGUUCAUGGAUAUGAUGGCUGGUGGUAGGACCGCUUCAGGCGCGUCUUCACCUGUGGUUCUGGUCCCAGAGUGGAGUUUAGAAAGCUUUCUGCAACAUCAUCCAGCCAGAUUCACUGGCAAAUGCAGCCCAGAUGAAGCUGAUCAUUGGUUCCGGGACAUGGAGAGAAUCUAUGAAGCUAAGGGCUGUCCUGAUGAGAGGAAACUAGCCUAUACUCAGUAUUUGUUGACUGGGGAAGCUGGUCACUGGUGGAGUAGCGUGAAGAUGAUCCUUGAGGGGAGUGGGACUCCUAUUACCUGGGAAUUAUUUAAAGCCAAAUUUUACACGGAAUACUUUCCCGAUAGUGUUAGAUUUGCAAAGGAAGUGGAAUUCCUUGAAUUGGUGCAAGGCAACAGGUCAGUAUCAGAAUAUGCGGAUCGGUUCAAACAUUUGCUUCGCUUCAACACUACGGCUGUAGAUGAAGUGUGGCAAUGCAGAAAAUUUGAGAACGGCUUAAGGGGUGACAUAAAGCUGCUUGACCAAGAAAGAAGCAGAAGGACCCCAGAAUCAGAAGGACCCCAGAAUCAACAGACCCAACCACUAAGAGUUGGUGGACCAGUGGUAUCCAGGGGAGGCUCCAGUUUUAGGAAGACCCCUUUUUCUAGACCUAUUUCUUCUGGGUCUAGGAGUUCUUCCUCUCAGUUGUCAGGGCAAUCCAGUUUUGCUAGCCCCUUGAGAUGCUACAGGUGUGGUGGACCCCAUCUACAGUCUGUUUGCCCUCAGAUGAGCGGUUAUCGGAGGUGUAACAUCUGCAGAGGUGAGGGUCAUUAUGCUAAAGAUUGUCCUACCGUCAAGAGGACUGGACCACAGAUACACCGUGCUGAGAGAUCUGUUCAGAGGGGUGGUGCCAGACCACAGGCCACUGGGCGAGUUUAUGCUUUGACCGGGGCUGAGGCAGCCAACGCAGGUAACCUGAUUGUCAGUAGUUGUUUAUUAUUUGGGAAUUCUUGUGUGACAUUGUUUGACUCGGGAGCGACGCAUUCUUUUGUGUCCGAGGCGUGUGUUGAGAGAUUGGGUUUAACUGUGGGGGAACUUUCGUGUGAUCUGGUGGUGUCUACACCAGCAGCAGGGUUAAUUAGGACAUCUAAAGUGUGCUCCAGAUGUCCUAUUGUAGUAGAGGGACGAAGGUUCAGAGCGAACCUUAUUUGUUUACCUUUGCAAGGGCUAGAAGUAAUUUUGGGUAUGGAUUGGCUAUCUUCCAAUCGCAUACUUAUCGACUGUGGUAACAAGCAGUUGAUAUUUCCUGGUAAAAAUGAAGAUAUGUCUUUGUCGUUAGGCGUGCUGAAGCAAGAUAUCAUGAAAGGUGCUUGUUGUUUCUUGGUUAUGACGCAUAUGGACGCAACUCAGGAGUCAGAUCAUUUGUCUCAAAAGAAUCAGAGUGUAGACUUCUUGGUUGUGAACGACUUCUUGGAUGUUUUUCCGGAAGAAGUUCCUGGUUUACCUCCUCCGCGAGAAGUGGAGUUUUCUAUUGAUCUGGUCUCAGGAGCAGGGCCAGUAUCUAUAGCCCCUUAUCGGAUGGCUCCAGCUGAGUUGGCUGAGUUGAAGAAGCAGAUUGAAGAGCUGUUAGAGAAACAGUUUAUCCGACCGAGUGCUUCGCCGUGGGGUGCGCCUGUGUUGUUAGUGAAGAAGAAGGAUGGUAGUUCCAAGCUGUGUAUUGAUUACAGGCAAUUGAAUAAGUUGACAAUCAAGAAUAAGUAUCCGUUGCCGAGGAUAGAUGAUUUGAUGGAUCAGUUAUAUGGAGCUACAGUAUUCUCUAAGAUUGAUCUUAGGUCAGGCUAUCAUCAAAUCUUGGUGAAAACAGAUGAUGUGCAGAAGACAGCGUUCAGAUCUAGAUAUGGCCAUUAUGAGUACGUAGUUAUGCCUUUUGGUGUGACUAAUGCUCCAGCCAUUUUCAUGGACUACAUGAACAGGAUUUUCAGACCGUUCUUAGACAAGUUCGUUAUUGUCUUUAUAGAUGACAUACUUGUUUAUUCUAAGACUCGAGAAGAGCAUGAAGAUCACCUUAGGUCAGUACUUGAAGUGUUGAGAGAGAAAAAGUUAUAUGCCAAGAUGUCUAAGUGUGAGUUUUGGAUGAAAGAGGUCCCUUUUCUGGGUCACGUGAUUUAA